AGAAGAGUUGACCCCUGCAGGACUGGACCUCACCUUAACCCGUCUGCUGCGAUUGGCACGGAUUUGGCUUUCACUGGUAGCCUGGUAACAUAUACUCCCAGGUCUUUCUCUGCCUCUGUGGUGGAUAGUGGAGUGUUCCCCAUGUGGUAUUGGUGUACUGGAUAUCCCUUCACUGGUAGCCUGGUUACAUACACUCCCAGGUCUUUCUCUGCCUCUGUGGUGGAUAGUGGAGUGUUCCCUAUGUGGUAUUGGUGUGCUGGAUAUCUCUUCACUGGUAGCCUGGUAACAUACACUCCCAGGUCUUUCUCUGCCUCUGUGGUGGAUAGUGGAGUGUUUCCCAUGUGGUAUUGGUGUGCUGGAUAUCCCUUCAAUGAUAGCCUGGUAACAUAUACUCCCAGGUCUUUCUCUGCCUCUGUGGUGGACAGUGGAGUGUUCCCCAUGUGGUAUUGGUGUGCUGGAUAUCCCUUCACUGGUAGCCUGGUAACAUAUACUCCCAGGUCUUUCUCUGCCUCUGUGGUGGACAGUGGAGUGUUUCCCAUGUGGUAUUGGUGUGCUGGAUAUCCCUUAACUGGUAGCCUGGUAACAUACACUCCCAGGUCUUUCUCUGCCUCUGUGGUGGAUAGUGGAGUGUUUCCCAUGUGGUAUUGGUGUGCUGGAUAUCCCUUCACUGGUAGCCUGGUAACAUAUACUCCCAGGUCUUUCUCUGCUUCUGUGGUGGAUAGUGGAGUGUUUCCCAUGUGGUAUUGGUGUGCUGGAUAUCCCUUCACUGGUAGCCUGGUAACAUACACUCCCAGGUCUUUCUCUGCUUCUGUGGUGGAUAGUGGAGUGUUUCCCAUGUGGUAUUGGUGUGCUGGAUAUCCCUUCACUGGUAGCCUGGUAACAUAUACUCCCAGGUCUUUCUCUGCUUCUGUGGUGGAUAGUGGAGUGUUUCCCAUGUGGUAUUGGUGUGCUGGAUAUCCCUUCACUGGUAGCCUGGUAACAUACACUCCCAGGUCUUUCUCUGCUUCUGUGGUGGAUAGUGGAGUGUUUCCCAUGUGGUAUUGGUGUGCUGGAUAUCCCUUCAUUGGUAGCCUGGUAACAUAUACUCCCAGGUCUUUCUCUGCCUCUGUGGUGGAUAGUGGAGUAUUUCCCAUGUGGUAUUGGUGUGCUGGAUAUUCCCUCCCAAGGUGCAGGACUUUACAUUUUUCUUAAUUGAAUUGUAGCAGCCACUUUUUGCUCCAUUCCUGUAGCUUGGUGAGGUCUUGUAGGAGAUCCACAGCCAAGGGGUUAAGGCACCACACAUACCUCCCUGCCCACUGCUGCCUGGCUCACCUUACUCACUCACUCACGAAGGCAAAGUAAAGUUCAACAGGUAUUCAACAUAUUUAAAAAUACAUAUAUUUUAUAACAAAUUAAUUAUACAUUCAUUCGAAUAGGUUAUAAUUCAAAUGAUAUGAGCAUUAGAGACGCAAGACAUGAUGAUGUAAACGCUAUAGUCCGUGCCAGCCAGGCCGAUAAAAACAGCGCUCGCCGGGCGGCAGCGGCACCCUCCUCCACCUCGCCUCUCCGCAGCGCUCCCCUGCCGGUAAUCACCAAGCAACUGUGUGUCGUGAUCAUGAAAAAAAUAUUUGAUUCCUUUCUUUCCCCAGUGGGCAAAAAUUGUCAAGAACAUGUUAUGACCUAGCUUAUAGGAAUGGCCUGCCGGCACACGGCAGGGGCAGCGGCGGCCACGCGGCAAGCAGUGUUUUUGACGGCUGCUGGACCAAGGUAUAGUAAUUAGAGGACGUGCCACUACCCUCCUUGUUAAGAUACGGGGAUCUACGGGACCCGCCUCCACCACACAGCCCGGGGCCAGCCAACCGCCCACCACAAACACCUCCCAAGGCUGUCGGGCUUCCUGCAGAGCACCAGACUACAGAAAUGUCCUGUGUUGUAUCGUCAAGUUUGUCAGCUUCUCUAUAACUGUCAAGUGCUAUAUACAGGCAAGCAGCCACUCCUCUGUGAUCCGUGAAUGGAGUCCACGUCUGUUGCAGUGUAGCCAGGUUUGUGGUGCAGUCUUCAGUGUUUUUAGACUCCAAUUACAUAGUUCCUUAAGGGGAGGUAUAGCAAUUACUGCCACCGUACAAUAGGCUACAUGUGCUUCCUGGCCUUUUCCCAAGUGAUUAUCUUAACUGAAAAACACCAACCCACCCAAGGAUCACGGAAAAACAGAUGCCUGUCCUAAAAAUCUUUUGUGUAGUCUUUGGUGCUCCGUAGGAAGCCUAACAAACUUGUGGACUCGUUUGUCUUGGGCGCUCCUGCUGCCGCUGCGCUGUGUGGACGCGGCGCCCAGAGUAGGAUAUGUGCUGACUCUCCUCUCCAAGACCACAGCACGAAGGACUUUGUUAGAUCCACCACCCUGCACACACCGGCUCCUGCUUGGUGAGGUGAGGUGCUGCCAGACGCCUGCGCGGGGCCGGCAGUCUGGCUUCGUUGACUGAUAACAAGUAUUCCUAGGACAAAGGUUCUCCUGUCUUCCUGGAGGGUGUUGGGUGCCAGGAAGGAGUUCAGAUACAUGUGACAGGACUCAAAAUUGCUCUUCUGCGACUGGCGUUUACUUGCUGGCUUCUCCACACAAAUUCACACAAGUAUUCUCCUAGUGACGAAACAUUUUCUGUCUCCCUGCAGGAUGACAGCAUCAGAGGAGGUAUCAGACACAUGCAACAGGUUAUGUAUGAUUCAAUGACUGACGUCCACGCAGUCUCCUAUACAGUAGAUCACACAAGUAUAUUCUUUUCACGGCUAAGGUCAGUUCCUCCCCCUGGCAGCUCUUGGGCGCCGGGAAAGAGUCCAAUUACAAGUGACUGAUUCUCUAUUGCGGUUCAGCGAGCGAUGUUUUUGCCUCACUCGCUGAGCUCUCCUCCUCAGUAACUCACAGCAAAGUUUGGACACGAAAGAGCAGGACGUAAAACUAACUAACGGUUGCCCCAAACUUGUAACAACGGUACCGAGGCGCUGACGCACCGACGCUGGAAACAAACCCAGACGAGAAAGUCAACACAGAGGGAUGUGAUGGAAGGUGGCGGACAGCACUUCAUGAAGGGACUUGAAGCAGACUCUCCUCUCUCUCUCUCCCUCUCACACACACACACACACCCACACACACACACACUCUCUUGGUAGGACACAACAUGCCCGGGCAGCAUUUUAUGAAUAGACUUGAAGCAGGCUCUCCUCUCUCUCUCUCUCUCUCUCUCUCUCUCUCUCUCUCUCUCUCUCUCGGUAGGACACAACACACCCGGGCAGCACUUCGUGAAUAGACUUGAAGCAGGCUCUCCUCUCUCUCUCUCUCUCUCUCUCUCUCUCCCUCUCUAACACACACACACACACACACUCUCGGUAGGCAAUGGACUUGAAGCAGGCUCUCCUCUCUCUCCCUCCCUCUGUCACUCUCUCUCUCUCUCUCUCUCUCGGUAGGACACAACACGCCCGGGCAAGACUUCAUGAAUGGACUUGAAGCAGGCUCUCUCCUCUUUCUCUCUCCCUCCCUCUCUCACUCACACACUCUCUCUCUCUCUCUCUCUCUCAGUAGGACACAACACACCUGGGCAGCAGCUUGAGGGGAGUGGGGUCAUUGGCGCCAAAACAUCGUCCUGGGUUGAGAAAUAUAACUAUGCAUCCGUUGGUCCGAAUGGCGACACUCCCCUGACAAGUGCCCCCAAACAGGCACUUGUGACGGCACCUUGGAUGAUGUGUCUGUACCUUACACACACACACACUUCCUACAUUGCUACAGUUGUCGUGUGGGUGCUCGCAAAGGACGCCUGAAUCAUUAUUUCAACUCAGCGAGGAGCAAACUAACUUCUGCUGUGCUCUCAUGACCCAGAGACUCAGGACAACACCUUGAUGAGUCUGCCUGGCCACUGCUCUGCCCCUGUGUGUGUAUGUGUGUGUGUGAGGGACAGGAGAACAGGGACAGAUAAGUGAGUGAAGACUGGUAUGUUUAGGACACUGGUAGGAGGGGAGAUGAUCGCCAGACUAAAAGGAGGGACGCCAGGGAGACCAAGGGCAGGGUGGCGAGGCUGUCGAGAACCGCACAAACAAAAAAUUGCUGGACAGAAGGAAAUGGAGUACAGGGGUGAAUGAUUGCUCGUGCCAUCAACUCGCUUCAUGAUGGCUUUUCCAGGAACGUAACCUAACUAAAGCAAGGGAUGCCUAGGAUGGGGGCUGUGGAGACGUGCCAAACAGAAGGAAAGAGAGAGAGAAGCUGAACCAUCAAAGAGCCCCGAGAUGGAUGACAAAGUGACGCCACACAGGGACAGUCAAAAUCAGGAACCACAGUGCACGGCGCUCCUCAGUGAACGGACCUAACAGCUUCAGUCUCCCGCUGUCUCUGCAUCGCUUGCUGUGCUCUUUUCUUUACUCCUAUCAUGUGUGUCUGUCUGAGACUGACUCAAUCUGGGAGGAGGUUGCCUGAAGAGUCUGUGAAAACAAAGCAGGCGCUGAGGCCGGCCGCUACACGGGGCCGGAGGGUUUGUGACGCGGCGCACUCGCUCGGGGAAAAGAACAAUUUUUGAACAAUUUUUUAAGGCCAAGAUUAGGGGGAAAACUUUGACAUGAAUACUACUACUACUACAAGUACUACUAUUACCAUGACUCCUACUACUACUACUACUACUACUAGCUCCACUACCACUCCUUCUGUUCCUGCUGCUACCACUACCUUUCUGGGUGGAUGAAUUUCUCCCGUGGCCCAGCGCAUGCCUUGGAGGGUGUGGCCUUUCCCCGAGCGUGCGCGCCUUGCAUGCUGAACAAAACUCCCGACAUCUUACACAAUCAACACAAGAGUAAAUAUACAAGUAUGGCUACGGUAAGUCUGCUGUCAGGACUGUUGUCUUGUAGUUCAACAUAACUUUGGUAUACAUUACUUCUCUGAAAUAUAUAUAUAUUUAUAUUUAUAUAAUAUAAAUUCUAUUAUGUCAUUAGCACUAAAUAUCAAUAUAUCCACAUGAAAUGCAGUGUUGGAAGAUGUCCACUCUCCACUUCCUGGUUACAUGUUGCACCCGGGCAGGCUGAGUGCCGCGGGGCUGGGAGGCCUAGCAAUGAGAGGUGCCGUGUGGCCUGGCACUGCUGGGAGGCCUAGCAAUAGGAGGUGCCGUGUGGCCUGGCACUGCUGGGAGGCCUAGCAAUAGGAGGUGCCGUGUGGCCUGGCACUGCUGGGAGGCCUAGCAAUGGGAGGUGCCAUGUGGCCUGGCACUGCUGGAGGCCUAUCAAAGCAUGUGCAAAGAAAGAAGCAAAUUUUAAAUGCAAUGAUAAAAAAGGCAAAACUGACAGUCACUUUUGUCCCUGGUCUGGUGGGGCGCGGUGUUGUGGAUCCUGGAACACUGUGUUGACAACAAAAGUUUUGCACAGGCAAUGAAAUGUGGUGGGCUUGAGACAAUGAAAUCUAGUGACAAUAUAUAUAUGUAUAUAUAUACAUUGAAUAUCAUUACAGCAAACUAAGAAAAAAAGACUAUUGCAUCCAAACUUAAGCUGUGUUACUAGCACAAAAUGUAGUAUGUACAGAGCGUGAGGGAAGCACGUGGUGGUGGCGGCGCCUCAGCUGUGUGGUGCGGCGGCGGCGGCGGCCCUCCGCGCGGCCGGGAGAACCUUACUCAAAAUAUUGCACGGUGUGAACCAGCCACUUGUGUUCCGUAUUUCGAUCUCGUCCGUGUGUUGUGUUUCUUGAGUCAGCAACACUCUGAGCACCCGCCGACGCGUGUCAUUGAUCCACAAAUACUCUGGAUGUUGACGACUACACUAGACGACAUCGUGAUCUGCAGAUUGCAACAAUUAGGUAUCACAAAAAGCUUCGGCUGACAAGCAGGAUAUUACUGACAACACAUACAGUGUGAAGAGUGAUCUUGGUGGCUGGCAGCACAUGCACUGUGGCCUGAUGGGAGGUGUGUUGCCAGGCAAGGACAAACUGCA